AUGGGGGCGCUGCUUCUGUCUCCGAGUAGCUCGCUUCUCUCGAAGCAUCAACGGGAGGCAGCGGCCGAGAGUUCCCGAGCGGGGGCGGCUAAGAAGGCCCGUGGUGAUGAGACAGCGGAGACCAUCCGAGCGGCGGAAGGUCGGGAUAAUGCUCCCCAGGUAAGCAUUCCUGGAGCAGCGACGUCUGGAUCUGGAGCUGCACUGCCUGCCCCUUCUGCUGCAUUGGGGGCGGCUCUGGCGACUUCGGAGGACGCUCCUUCGCAGACUGGCGUGAUUGGGAAGGUGAUCUCCAUUCCUUCCGACGAAGAAGGGGAGGCUGGAGACGAGGAGGGGUCUACCGGCUCAGCUGAUCCUACCUGUGAAGUCGCAGGUGAGGAGGGUCCUCAUUCUUGGGAGAAUCGCUCAUCCGAGGAGGCGGGCGAAUCUGAGGAGGGUGACAAUGUCUCGGUUCACGAGGCAUUGUCCAGUGAGGAAGAGGAUUUGGUGCGAGCUCUGGCCAAUUUUGAAUAUACUUUGGCCCACUGCACCCGGCUGGUCUUGGAGGAGAAUUGCCCCUUCGAAGAAUUCAAGGAAGUUCUUGAACACGAUGCGUCCUUCUUGCGUAAGAGGCUCGGCGCUACCGCGGCGAGGCCCUAUUUUCAGCGUCUGAACGAAGUGGAGGGGGCUGUUCGGCAGCUGCUCACUCUUCGUGCGGAAAGCUCUGUUCUUGUUGAUCUCGCCUCCCGCGAAGUUCGAGUAGCUAUGGUAGAUCGUGAUCGCCGCCUGAACGAGAACAUGACGCUAGAGUUAAAGUUGUCAGCAGAGUCGGAGCAGGUCAAAGCCGAGGAUGCACGGGUGGCCCGUGAGGAGGAAACAGUCGAUAGUCAGUUCUCCCGACUCUCCUUCGAAGUAGAGAGGCUGAAACAGGUCGUAGCCGAAGCACAGGCUUCCCUGGCCGUUCAAGAGAAGGCUCGUGAUCGCGUGGCAAAAGAGUUGGAGGGCGUUAAAUCUCGCCGGCGAUUGACCACUGACUCUGUCGAGGAGAAGGAUCGAGCUCUCAAGGAUGUCAGGGAGACCAUUCAAGACUUGAUCUCGUGCACAGAGGAAGACAUUCGUCGUGAGGUCCUAGGGAGGCUCGAGCUUCGCCAUGCUGAAGAAAUUCGUGAGGCGGAGCUGAGAUUGAAAUCCUUGUAA